AUGGGUGACAAUGAAGGUAGUGAUGACGUGGAUAAAAGCACUACAAGUUCUUCAGAAGACGAAGUAGUUGAAGUUGAACGUGCCAAAAGAAUUCAAGCUGAAAUUGAGAAAGAAAAACAGCUGAAAAGAAAGAGACGAGAGGAAAGACAGAAAGAUGAUGAUUAUGUUCCUUCUCAGGAAGAAAUGCAAACGCCUACAACGUCUAGUAAAAACAAGAAAGUUCAUGAGAAAAAGAAGAUGGUUUCUCCAAAGGCAGCUAAACGAAAGUUGAUUAUCAGAUUGCCGAAAAGUACACCAAAGACAAAACAACCAUCACAACCACCAUCACCACCUAAAUCACCACACAAAUCACCUCCAAAACAACCAACUCCACCAAGACAACCCACACCACCAAUACAUCAAUCACCAUCACCACAUGUUUCACCACUACAUCUCUCACCACCACAAAAACAAACCCUAUUCACAUCUCAAGAAAUCUUUCAAACACCACCAAUCUCACAACCUAUUGUUCAAACCACACCUGGUUCUUCAGGGUACAGAGGAGACUUUGAUUUUGCAAACACCGCACAAGUCAAAAAUGUUGAAAAGAAAGUUGAUGAAGUGAUAGCUGAAAACAAAAGAUUAGCUGCUGAGAACAAGAAAGUCUCUGAUCGUGAGAAAAUUCUUGAAAUGCGUGUGAAGAGACUAGAGACUGAUAACAAAGAAUCACUGAAGAAGAUUGACAAUGAUCAAUCAGAGAUUGAUAUCUUGAAAGUGCGAGUGGUUGAACUUGAAGAAGAAAAGGCUCGCAGAGAUGAACAGAACAAAUAUUUCGAGAUGAAAAACAAAGAGCUUGAAGUUGCAAAAGCAUUUAAAGAACAUGAGUUCUAUAUGUUAAACAAAGUUGUUGAAAAGAUGCUUGGAACGUCAAUAGAACAAAAGUUUGAAGAGAUACAAGUUGAAGAUCUCAGGGCUAAACACCAAGCUGAGAUUGAUGAACAGAUGAAAGAAAAAGGCAAAGGCGUUGAAGGUAGUUCAGCAGUGACAGAGAGAUCAAUUGUUUCUUCUUUGGUUGUUGAGAAUCAUGUACCUUUAACUGCUAUAUCUGGCCUUUUUGAGGAAGAAACACAUCUUGAAGAGUUAGCUGGUGAAGACGAUGAUGAAGAUGAUGACGAUGAUGAAGAAGAGGGUGAUGAUGAGGAUGACGAGGAAGACCACGAUGAUGAGAAAGUCUUCUCGGCUAGCAGUCAUAGUUCUGAUAACGAUGAUGAUGAUGAUGCUCAAGGUGGUAUGGGUAUAAAAGUGACUGAAGUUUCCAAGGAAAGAAAUGUUGAUGAUUUUCUGAAUGAUUCUGUGAAUGAAGAGUCAGGGGGAGCUGAAGGAAAGGGGGAGUCUGGUGAUGCUCAAAAUGUUGAACAUUCUAAAAACUUAAUUCUAAGGUUGGAUACUUACAGGGAAGAAGGUGAACACUUUAAUACGUAUACAUUGGAAAAGAUCAAAGAAAUGACGCGUAUGGUGAAUCCUGAUUUCAAGUUUGAUUUCGAAGAAGAAUUAAAUGCAUUCGACAUCAACCACCAACCAGAAUACGAGUAUAAGUAUGUUGAGAAUGCUGAUGUACGACAAGGUUGA